AUGCGACCCCCUCCCAAAAUAAUGCACCGGGAUAAUCGACGCGCCUUUGGCAGCGUUGGAAUGUUUCAACUGGCAAAUUCCACUCGCGUUUUUUUCCCAUCUCAAUUAGUUGGAGAGGUUUCAGAACUUUGUGUUUCCGGGUGAAAUCUCUAGCCCGAAGUUACAUGCCGGGGAUAUGAAGAUAGGAGAUGCAAAGCCGGCUGAGCACUAGGCGGCUGCAAGAACAGUGUAGGCUACGCAGGGAGGGGGAGAAAGGGAAGGGAGAGAAUAAGAAAAAAACGAACAGCAGCUGAGCUGUGCGUUUUUCACCUUCUGAAAAACAGGAAGCCAACGCCGAUCUGCCUACCUGGCCGCAUUGUCCUGCAGGGAGAAGACAGCGGGCUCUCACGGCUUUUGCCACGCAUCGGCAUAUUAUUUUUCUAAAGCCUAACUCUCGUUCUUGUGGAUUCAAACGCGAGAAGAACUGUCGUUCUUGUGGAUUCAAUCGAGAGAAAACAACUUUUAACUAGGCCUAUUUCCUCAUUCGUACGGUCGUUAUUUUCAUAUUCCCAAGAAGAAUAUAACUCAAGAUGCAGUGUCCCUCCCCUGACACCCCCAACAUGGAGGAAAGCCACAGGGAAUAGAAGCCUCCAGGAGACUAUAGGUCCUUAUGGUUGAGCUGGGUGUUGGUCCCUGCAAUGCCUCCUGCCAUGACAAACCUCAUGGACUUGUGGGCAGCCCACUCCCAGCUGUCUGGAGAGGACCUGGUCACUGUGGACUUCCUGCUACCCACCGGGAUCUACAUUCAGAUGGAUGUCCCCAGAGAGGCCACCAUACAACACAUCAAACUGCUCCUAUGGAAGCAGGCCCAGUCAUACCCCCUGUUCCCUUCUCUGGGGGAGAUGGAGGGCCACAUGUUUGAGUGUGUGAACCAGGCAGCGGUGCACGAGGAGCUGGAGGAUGAGACCAGGCGCCUCUGUGACGUCAGGCCCUUCUGGCCCAUGCUCAAACUGGUCACACGUAACUGUGGCCGCGCCGAACGCCUACUCGACUCCAAGAUCGGCGUGCUCAUCGGAAAAGGUCUCCACGAGCUGGACGCUCUGCAGGACCAGGAGGUGAAGGACUUCCGCAGUAAGAUGUUCCGUAUCAGCGAGGAGAAGAUGCAGCGGGUACAGCUGAUGACCUGGAGCGAGUGGCUGCAGGCCUGCUUCUCUCCGCAGCUGGAGCCAGGGGGAGGAGCCACACCCGUCACAGACGGUGUCAACGACAAACAGGCCGAGGCCAGCCUCAAAGUCACCAUGCACUUCGACCAGUCCCAGGACACAGCCAGUCUGAAGGUGUGGCCCAGCACCAGUCCCAGUGAGCUGAUGGAACAGGCGUUGAGGAAAUGGCUGACGACCCACGGCCCCGAGGAGGAGGGACGCCAGGCCGAGCAGUACGUUCUGAGGGUCAGCGAUAAGCUGGAGUUCCUCUGUGGAGACCACCCCCUGAUACAGUACAAGUACAUCAAAGCCUGUCUCCAGGCUAAGGAGUGUCCCCACCUGACCCUGGUCCAGGUCAGCACAGUCCAGGCCAUGUUCGAGAAGGAGAUCUCGGCCAUCGGAGCUGUGGUCAACCGCAAGAGCUCCAACCCCCCCUUACCCCUGCCCCCCAAGAGGAGGGGGCCCUCGCAAGUGAAUACGUGUGUAUGGGAGGUGUCUACCCAUUUUAAGAUCGUCCUAAUCAAAGGCAGCAAGGUGAACGCUGAGGAGACGGCCAAGAUCCAGGUACGUGCAGGCUUGUUCCAUGGCACAGAGCUGCUGUGUAAGCCAGCGGUGAGCAGCGAGAGCAGCGGACGCUCUGAACACGUGUGGAACCGCACGCUAGAGUUCGACAUUACCGUGAGCGACCUGCCGCGCAUGGCCCGCCUCUGCUUCGCCGUCUACGCCGUCAUGGACAAGGUCAAGAAGCAGAAGUCCACCAAGAACGCCCACAUCAACAAGUACCAGACCAUCCGCAAGUCUGGCAAAGUGCACUACCCUGUAGCCUGGGUGAACACCAUGGUGUUUGACUAUAAAGGACAGCUGAAGACUGGAGAUAUCAUCCUUCACAGCUGGUCUUCCUUUCCUGAUGAACUUGAAGAGAUGCUGAACCCCAUAGGAACCAUCCAGACCAACCCUUACACUGAGAACACUACAGCACUCCACAUCCACCUCCCUGACUACAACCCUCACACCAUCCUAUUCCCCCCCUUCGACAAGAUUCUGGAGAAAGCUGCAGAGAUCGCCGGGUCAAGCGACUGCUUGCCCAUGGGCCGAGGCGGUAAGAAGUUCCACAUUGAGCUGAAGGAGAUCAUGGAGAGGGACCCUCUGUCCCAGCUGUGUGAGAAUGAGAAGGACCUCAUCUGGACACUACGCUACGACUGCAUGGAGAACUUCCCCCAGUCACUGCCCAAACUGCUGCUCUCCGUCAAGUGGAGCAAACAUGAGGACAUGGCCCAGCUCCAGGCCUUGCUGCAGAUCUGGCCCAAGCUGAGUCCCAGGGACGCUCUGGAGCUGCUUGACUUUAACUAUCCAGACCAGUACGUCAGAGAGUACGCUGUGGGCUGCCUGAGGGAUAUGAGUGAUGAGGAGUUGUCUCAGUACCUGCUCCAGCUGGUCCAGGUGUUACGUUAUGAACCCUACUAUGACUGUGCCCUCACCCGCUUCCUACUGAACAGAGCCCAAUGCAACCGCAACAUAGGACACUUCCUCUUCUGGCAUCUCAGGUCAGAGAUGCACAUGCCAGCCGUCGCUGUCCAGUUCUCUCUCAUUCUGGAGGCUUACUGUCGCGGCAGCAUCCCUCACAUUGAGGUCCUGAAGAAACAGGUGGAGGCUCUGAGCAAGCUGAAGUCUGUAAAUGAGCUGAUCAAGCUGGGCACCAUCAAGAACGCCCGCAGUAAGACCAAGGAGGCCAUGCUCACCAAAGAGGCCAUGAUGACUUGUCUGAGACAGAGUGGCUACACAGAGACCCUCUCUGACCUGCACUCCCCUCUCAAUCCCAGUGUCCUGCUCUCUGGAAUCAAUGUGGAGAAGUGUCGGUACAUGGACUCUAAGAUGAAGCCUCUGUGGAUCGUCUACAACAACAAGCUGCUGGGGGGAGACACCCUGGGAAUCAUCUUCAAGAAUGGAGACGACCUGAGACAAGACAUGUUGACACUGCAGAUCUUGAGGUUGAUGGAUCUGCUAUGGAAGGAGGCCAAUCUGGACCUUAGAAUUGUGCCUUACGGUUGCCUAGCGACUGGUGACCGAUCCGGGCUGAUCGAGGUGGUGUCGUCGGCGGAUACCAUCGCCAACAUCCAGCUGACCAGUAGCAACGUUGCGGCCGCCGCAGCCUUCAACAAGGACGCACUGCUCAACUGGCUCAAAGAGAAGAACUCUGGAGAUGCUCUGGAGAAGGCGAUCGAGGAGUUCACCCUGUCAUGUGCAGGCUACUGCGUGGCCACCUACGUCCUGGGGAUAGGUGACCGCCACAGUGACAACAUCAUGGUCCGCAGCACUGGACAGCUCUUCCACAUAGACUUUGGGCAUAUCCUGGGGAACUUCAAGUCCAAGUUUGGCAUCAAGAGGGAACGCGUCCCCUUCAUCCUGACCCAUGACUUCAUCCACGUCAUCCAACAGGGAAAGACGGGCAACACUGAGAAGUUUGGCAGUUUCCGUAAUUACUGUGAACAAGCCUACCUGAUUCUGAGGCGGAAUGGGAACCUCUUCAUCACCCUGUUUGCCCUCAUGCUGACUGCUGGACUGCCAGAGCUCACCUCGGUCAAGGAUAUACAGUACCUAAAAGACUCUCUGGCCCUGGGGAAGACCGACGACGAGGCACUGAAACAGUUCCGCCAGAAGUUUGACGAGGCGCUGAGAGAGAGCUGGACCACCAAAGUCAACUGGAUGGCCCACAACGUGGUCAAGGACAACCGCUCCUAGAACAGACAGACAUCCUGAAGCUGGAGGGUUAAAGGUCAGGGGUUAGGAGGGUCUGAGGUCUAUCCAGGGCUGGGACAACCGUGAUUGAGCGGGCUAAGGUGUUGCUAAGGGGCGAAGACCAGACAGGACUGGACUUGGGGCCUUAAAGAAGGGAACCUAGAAGACCAUCUUAAACACACAUGCUCUUACAGGCUUAAAAUCCCCCUCCCUUUGCCUUUCCUCUGGCCUUUGAAGCUGCUGUGUGCCUCCAGCCAGUCCAGCAGUCCCAUUGUCUCUCCCUGAUCUUGUGACAUAUUUGUGGGUAAUGUGGUUGCGUGUUUUGCACUCGCUCAGUGAGAGUCAGAGCCCAACACCUGAGGAAUAGUGUGGUUUCUCCGACCCCCCCCCCCCCCCCCCCCUCCGUUGUAAAUGGACUGCCCCCUUGGAGCCUGGACUAGACUGAACUAAUGAGGAAGGGGACAGGGGUGGUUGUCAGCAGGACUUCUGAUCUGCCUCGUGUUGGACUUAAAGGGAGAGGUUGGGGUUGAUCACACCCACUCCAGGCCUUGCACCAGACAGUUUGAUUGACAGCACACGUAGAGACUGGGUGUGUAAAGACUGAGGACCAAAGUGGCUCACCCGCGUGUCUUUAAAUGACACCAAAACGUGCUCAUGGCCAGAGGAAGUGGGUCUUAUUGGACUUUUCCUCACGAGGCUCCAGUCCAUCUUGAAAGUGUGCCUGAAAACUGGAACAGAUUGUAUCUUUUAGGUUUUUUUCAUCUUUUUAUUUUAUUGCCAUUUAAGAUUUAAUUCUAUCUAAGAUGUUUAAGAUGUAUAUGUGCCAGACUACUAGAGACAGAGUUAGAGAGAGAGACCCUCUGAUCCUGUGGUCUUGAGAAAGAGUCACUCAUGACCAAAUUCUCUGGACGCCUCCUCCCGACAGCUAAAGAAAAGUUUAUGUGCAGGUUUUUCAACUUUACGCACUCCUCUGUCCCCUCCUAGUAGCUAGCUAGUUAUUUCCCUCGCUGUAACCUUAACAGAACUGCGGGAAAGCAGUGCUCAGCAAGCUGGGGCAAAGAACACUGAUUUGGCGUGCAUGCUGUGCACUCCACACUGAAUACACCAUCCCGGUGACAUCCAGAUGGUUACCAAUAUUAUAAUAUUUCUCAUGAAGGCUGCUAUCCUACUUGGAAUAAAACAAACUCUAGGGAAAGAUUUGGCUGAGUUAACAUUCGCCGAUUUGAUUUGGUGGUUUAGCUCUAGGGAAGAGGCAUCCAUGUGGGUGGGGCGGUUCAAUUUGGUCACGCAGCUUCUGUCUUUGAGAAAAGGGGUGAAUUGGACCAUCAAACACUGGCACCAUUUUGAAGAAAGGACGGAGAGAGAGAGCUUAAAAUGUUUCUAACACUUUAUUUUGUGUUCCUGCUUGGGAAUGUGGAUGUAACAUUCCUGUGUUCCAUUUUAUCAAAUCAUGGUGUUUGUUGGGUAAACAGAACAGACACAAAGGGUGCGUCAUCACCACACUACCCCAUAGAGGUAUUAUCACUACCCCAUAGAGAUUCUGUCUUAGACAGACUUGCCUAAGGAUGCCAGAACUAGUCUUUCAAAGCACAAAACUGCUUACAUGAUAACCACAAUGAAAGAACUCACUAAGAAAUAACCGAAGCAUGUAACUAAAAUGCCUUUUAGGACCAAAACAAAAGUGAACUUUGUCGUUUUAGGUUUGUUUUUACUGUGUUUUUAAUAAUCUGUUCAAAAAUCGAAUGUUUGUGUGAAAAAUGUCUUUUUUUUUACAUCAGCUGAAAUGGGUGGAGUUUUGGACCUUUGGGAGGGGUUUGCCAGCAGAAGGUGUAACACUGCGAUUCAAAGCUACUUCCUGGGUUUGUCAUGAGGGGCUCUUCCAGUAUCCGUGUUUUGAUUUUGUGCAAUAUCCGUAUAGGAGUCUACAUGUAUAUUAUGUAAAUGAACCCUUGGGCUCUAAUGCCUGAGGCUAUAAUGGUUGUCACUGUGGGUUCAUGUGUAUUGCUGCUUUGUUUCUCACCGCUAGCCUUCUUAAGUCUCUCAGACACUGAAUAUUGUCAAAUGUACAGGCUUUUAUGGUUUUCCAGUUUUUUGUUUUCAUAUGAGUUUUAUUAAAGUUAUUUUCCAUCUAACGGCA